AUGACUUUCACAUUCUCCACUUCAUCAAGGAAAAAUGGGAGACCACCUUUAAAAUCUGUUUCCACAGAAGACAAUAUUCAUUUGUUAAGAAAGCAACGCCAACAACAAGCAUCAAGGAACUCGACAGAGACUUCACAUAAUCCAAAUAGUAACCUCUCAGCACUCGCCAUUGAUAAUCGGGAAGAUGAAGUACGCAGCGCUUCAACUACCAACUUGGACCGUUUGCGACAGGAGCAAGAAGAAAACCUAUUAGAAAUGGACUGUACCAAAUCAACACUGCUUCAUAGAGCAAACAUGUUGGUGGACGUCCUACCAUCUUUUGAAAUGUAUAAUGCCUUGCACAGACAUAUUCCUCAAGGGAACGUCGAUCCGGAUAGGCAUGAUUUUCCACCUUCUUAUCAGGAAGUACGUACACAAAGAAUGACUAUACUACCCACCACUGAUAAUUCUGUGGAAAGAUCACCAUUAACAGCGGUACUAGAACCUGAAAAUACAUGUAAUAGUAGCACUACUCAUUCACUUACCAACCUACAUCCUUUACAAACGCAGCAUCUUACACUAAAUACCACAGGCCAACCACGCCAUUCUUUGUCAGAGACUAAUGUUAGCCAAAUACCAUUUGAAGAUGAUCUAAACGACUCAGAUAAUAUUUUUAUAGAUAAAUUAUACACAUUACCCAAAAUGACCACUCCCGUUGAAGUUGAUAUAAGAAUAACGAAAACAGCAUCAAUACCUCACGAGCGUCCUGAGGAACAAUCCAUAUUGAAAGAAUAUACUUCCGGUGAUAUUAUUCAUGGUUAUUGUUUGAUUGAAAAUCGAUCUCCUCAACCUUUGAAAUUUGAAAUGUUUUACGUUACCUUAGAAGCAUAUAUAUCAGUAAUUGAUCGCCAAAAGGGGAAAAGAACUUUAAAGAGAUUUUUAAGAAUGGUCGACUUGAGCGCAUCUUGGUCCUAUACAAACAUUGCCCCAAGUACAGGUAUAAAUAUUGUUCCAGGAGAAAGAGAUUUUGAUGAUGCCAUUAUUGGACUUUCAAAUAGUAGAGAACUGAAGCCAAAUACAAAAUACAAGAAAUUUUUCAUGUUCAAGUUGCCCACACAGUUGUUAGAUGUGACAUGUAAACAAGAGCAAUUUUCUCACUGUCUCUUACCGCCAAGUUUUGGAAUUGACAAAUAUAAGAAUAAUUGCAAGUAUUCCGGCAUAAAGGUUAAUAGCGUCCUUGGCUGUGGACAUCUAGGUACAAAGGGCUCGCCCAUUUUAACGUUGGAUAUGGCAGAUGAUAAUCUAUCCAUAAAUUAUACCAUUGAUGCCAAAAUUGUUGGUAAAGAUAAAAGAACUUCCAAAUUGAAUAUUAUGAAGGAGAGAGAAUACAACUUAAGAGUCAUGCCUUUCCCUUUUGCCGGUGUUACUAAUGAACAAAGUGAAAAGACAUGUUUGAGACAACUAAAGGAUUUGGAAAGGUUGAUCGAGGAUAGAUUUGAAGCUUUAAACAAGAUUUUCAAAAAGCUGGAUUUAGAUGAGGCAAUUUCCAAUUUAGAUAUCCAUGAUACAGAUAUCAGCGGGACUUUGGACGGCAAUGAAGAGUUGGAUUCGGAUGAAUUACUAAGGCGCAAGAUGGAUCAAUUACACAUUAAUAAUAGAAUAGACGAUGCCGCCAACCUAUCACCAUCAUAUGACUCCAAAAAUAUGAUUCCAAAGGAGAAUUUAGUUGAGACUGAGUUACGUUAUAAAUUUAAGAACAAAAACAAAUCAAACUCAAGCUUGUUUUCUCAUUUCUUAAGUUCCUCAGAAACAGGCUCAUCGGCAGCCCCACAUACAUAUAAUUCUGGGUUAAUUGUCUUAUCAGUUAAAAAACCACAAUCUGCAUUGCCUUAUUGGUCACCAUCGUUGUUGAGGAAAACUAAUAGAUUUGAAGCCAAGAGUGAACAAGAAAAAGAAAACUGGCAAAGGUUAAUGAAUUUGCUUCCAGAGGGAGUGAAGAAACCACUAACUAAAUUGGAUGUAAACUUGACUUGUAUCCAAUCGAAUAACAGUGCUGAACAUAAACCUCCUGAGAUAAGCUCUGUAACGACAGAAUUUGUAGUUAUUACAGCAAAAUCCGAUAACUCUAUUCCUAUUAAAUUCAGUACAGAAUUGUUAAUGAACGAGAAUAGGCUAAAUGRAUUGAAGACAAAAUUCUCGGCAUUCCAGAAAAAAGUUCAGGAAUAUCGUAAAAAAUUUGAAGAAAACAAUGUGAAGCUAAAUGAACUUUACAACAGAAAUAGAGAUCAGAUUAUUCCAAGAGAAUUGUUAUUCACGAACUUUGUAUCUGACCAAUUAAACAAUGAUGUUGACAGUUUAGCUGGCUUAAAAGUUAAUGUUAUUGAUUUGCAUGACAUUUUCAAGAAGCAGAUUCACACUUUUGAAGAGGAAAAUGAAGAUAUCAUUUCCAAAAAGGGAGGCAGCAAUUCUUCUUUGGCAACAUCCAACAACAAUUUCUUACAGGCGACAUUCAGUAACGGCGCAUCCACGGCUACUAAAUUUACCCAGCAGAUUGUGCAUACUUGGGAAAAAGUUAAGCCUCUACAGUACAAGAGAGAUGUAACGGUUAAUUUGAAGUUAAAUCCCAACAUCAAAGAAACUUUAGUACCUAAUUUUGAAACUUGUUUGUGUUGUAGGUUUUAUUGCAUCCGUGUGAAUAUCAAAUUUGAAAACCAUUUAGGUUCCAUGAAAGUAGAUAUUCCUGUCGACGUGAAGAAAUUACGAAUCUAA